UAACUCGAAAUGGCAAUCGAAAGCGACGGAUAUGGUGUAGCAUGAACGCCUCCUACGGUCUCACGCCGGCAUUCCUGGUCGGCUCGACGAGCGUGAGCCCUUUCCUGGCAAUGAUGCUCAACGCUGCCUUCGUGUCCCCGUUCCUCGGCCUCGGCGCGUGGCUCCAGCAGGGGGAGCAGCUGCCGGAGCAGCCGUCGUCCCUCUUCGAGAUGGCGCACGGGAAGAAGCCGUGGGACCUGGCCAGCCGCGACCCGGCCUUCGGCUCGCUCUUCAACGACGGCAUGGUCGCCGACAGCGGCUUCAUCAUGGACAUCGUCGUCAAGGAGUGCGGCGACGUCUUCCGAGGGCUGACCUCGCUGGUCGACGUCGCCGCCCAAGCCAUCUCUAAGGCGUUCCCCAGCAUCAAGUGCAGCGUGCUGGAUCUCCCGCACAUCGUGGCCGACGCUCCUGCCGGCACCGACGUCAAGUACAUCGCCGGUGACAUGUUCGAGAGCAUUCCGCCCGGAAACGCUAUCUUCCUCAAGUGGGUUUUGCACGAUUGGGGUGAUGCCGAGUGUGUCAAAAUAUUAAAGAACUGCAGGAAGGCUAUACCAUCUAGAGAAGAGGGAGGGAAGGUGAUAAUACUGGAUAUGGUGGUUGGAGCAGGAUCAUCUGACCUAAAGCAUAAAGAGACGCAGGUCCUGUUCGAUCUCUUCAUCAUGGUUGUCAAUGGCAUCGAGCGAAACGAGCAAGGUUGGAAGAAGAUCAUCUACGAUGCUGGAUUCAGUGAUUACAGAAUCAUACCAGUCCUAGGUGUUCGAUCAAUUGUCGAGGUCUACCCAUAAACAAAUUUGUUGACGUCCUUCUUUACCAAUAAAUAGACGGGCAGUUAGCCUGCUGGAUUCUCAUAAA